GCUUCUGCGGCGCCCCCCCUGCGGCAUACAUAGAUAGUUGGGCUGCCCCGACGCCCCGGGUGCUCGACAUUCACACAAGCCAAACAUGAAGUACUCGCUCUUCUUAUCCGCCCAAUUGGCGUCAGCAGCAGUGGCACUGGAACUCGUUGCACGCGAGAACCCCAAGGUCGUCCUUCUGGAAACACAGCGCCGCCACGUCACCAACCCCGUCGCCCACGACCAGCUGCGGCGACGCCAAAAGACGGUCCAGGAGACGCUCGACAACCUCGAGACUCUCUACUUUGCAAACGCCUCCCUCGGCACUCCUGCCCAAAACUUCCGGCUGCACAUCGACACAGGCAGUAGCGAUCUCUGGGUCAACUCGGUCAACUCCAAACUAUGCAGCUCGGGCGGUAACCAGUGCGGCGCCUCGGGCACAUACAACGCAAACGACUCGUCGACAUAUACCUACGUCAACAGUGUAUUUAACAUUUCCUAUGUUGACGGCUCGGGCGCAUCCGGCGACUAUGCCAAGGACACUUUCCGCUUUGGCGGCCAGACGAUAAAAGACAUGCAGUUUGGCAUUGGAUACACCUCGAGCUCAACAGAAGGCAUCCUCGGCAUCGGAUACACCAUCAACGAGGUCGCCGUCGGCCGCGCUGGACUGCAGCCAUAUCCCAACCUGCCUGCCAAGCUGUCCGAGCUGGGCACCAUCAACUCAAACGCAUACUCACUCUGGCUCAACGACCUGGACGCGUCGACGGGAAGCAUCUUGUUUGGUGGCGUCGAUACCGACAAGUACAAGGGCCAGCUACAGACGCUGCCCAUUGUCCCGGAACGCGGCGCCUAUGCCGAGUUUAUCAUUGUCUUGACCGGCAUGGGCCAGAACGGCAACGACAGCUCUCUGUUCAAGGACCAAAAUGUGCCUGUCCUCCUCGACUCUGGUUCCUCGUUGAUGUAUCUUCCCGACCAGGUCGCCAACGCGCUGUACCAGACUUUCGAUGCCCAGUACGACGCCUCACAGGGUGCCGCCUUUGUCAACUGCGACCUGGCAAAUCAGCAAGGCUCGCUCGACUUUAACUUUUCUGGCGUCAAGAUUUCUGUCCCCCUCAACGAACUCGUCAUUCUUGCUGCCGUUAGCCGCGGACGCCCCGUCUGCAUUUUCGGUGUUGGCCCAGCUGGCAAUUCUCUCGCCGUUCUCGGCGACACAUUUCUGCGAUCCGCAUACGUCGUUUACGAUCUUGACAACAACGAAAUCUCACUGGCGCAAACAAACUUCAACGCCACCUCGUCCAACGUUCAGGAAAUCAAAAAGGGUACUGAUGGUGUUCCAAACGCCUCCCUCGUGGCCAACGCCGUAUCAACAGCUGCAGUAGGCACGGGUGGCCCUAGAGUCGAAGGCCCUAGCGUCACUGGUGCUGGCUUUGCCACGUCUCGCAGUGGUGCCGCCCUACCAGGUGCAACCGCCAAUCCAUGGGUGAGUGGCGCUGCCCUUGCCGGCGCUGGUCUGAUGAUGGGCUUCAACGGUUUCUAACCUACUCGCGUUUGACCAAGCUUGGUCUGUAUAAUAAGUUGAACGUUUGCAUACGCAUGAGUGCAUCACGGGCGUUUCCACAUUUUGGAUUGCAAGAGGGGGCAUCUUGGUUUUUUGGUUUUGGGGGUUUAUGUUUAAAGUACGGCAAGCGUUGCAUAUAUCCCCCUUUGCGAUUCAUUCACUGUUUUUU